AUGAAGGAAGGAGAGGAGGGUGAGUCACAGGAGGGUCAGCCCAGAAGGAGUGAAAGGAAGAAAAAGAUGACUGAAAAAGGUGCUGAAUUUACUUUUGAGACUAAGCUCAACAACAGAGAGAAAUGUUACAAGACACUGUUAGCACUUAGUGAUAAUUUACAAAGACUUUUGGAGUCAUCAGAUGAUAAAGACACCAUCAAAACUGCUGACAGUAAAUGGUUAGACAAUUACGAGGACUUUCUAGAGUUCCAGGAAGAAGUUAAAGCAUUCAUCUCCCCGAGCGAGCAGACGGUAGAUGAAGAAAUAUUCACCGGAAGAAAUAAACAACUAACGGAUGUGAAAUCAUCAGUCGAGAAAUGGUUUUCAAGACAUUCGAAAGGUGUUCCAUCUGAUAAACGAUCCAUUGUUUCGAAGUCAAGUAACUAUUCAGUGGCCAAGCUUGAGGAAAAACAACAUAAAGCAGAACUAUUGGCAAAAGCAGCUGCGCUUAAAGAAAAGAAACAGAUAGAGGAGGCCAAACUACAAUUAAAAAUGAAAGAAGAAGAACUUCACAUACAAACAGCACUAAAGAUCAGUGACGCUCGAACUAAAAUUAUUGAAGAACUUGAAAGGAGUGAAUUGAGGGACCAACAGCUUACCGAAGCUUUGAGUGAUAUCCAUGCAGAAUUACAUCACCAUGGCGCACCUUUGUUUUCACCUGUACCGAAACCAACUGCACAGCAGUUACCGCAUUUGCAUAUACCUGUGUCUACCACACAGUCUACCUUGAAUCCACAUGCGCCUUUGUUUACAUCUGUGUCAAGGACUGUUAGUCAGCAGAACUGGAAUACACCAUUUGUGACUCCAGGUACUUCAUCACAUGUGCCUGUUAGUGUGACUACAUGUACGCCACAUAGUAUUCCUUACAUUCCUAUGUCGACCCAACAUAGUACGCCUUAUGUACCUGCGUUACCAACCUUCGGUGACUUGUACAAUUCAGGACAUCCACACAGUCAUAAUCGUGAACAUGAAGGCCUACUUAUUGUGGCACAAGAACUAAAUAAGCCUAAAUCAGAAAUACAGAAAUUUGAAGGGAAUCCAAUGGACUACCAGAGAUUCAUUAGACAGUUUAAUACAAGGGUGUGUGCUAAUACCAGCUCAUAUGAAGAACGUUUGAACUUUCUUCUGCAAUUUACCAGUGGUGAGGCUAACAGAAUAGUGACUGGAUAUUCACACUUAAAUGCUGAAGGAGGAUACAAGGCAGCGAUGGAUGAAUUCAAAGAUCGAUAUGGUGAUCCAGACAUUGUUGCGCAAGCUUAUGUGAAAAAAGCAUUGAAUUGGUCAUCAAUAAAACAAGACAAUGCAAGGGGACUUGAUGACUAUGCAAUAUUCCUUACCGAGUGUCAGCAUGCUGUCAAUAACGUAGCCAGCGCUAGAGCCUUAGAGUAUCCAGAGAACAUGAAACUUAUUAUAAAGAAACUUCCGUUUUACUUACAAGAAAAGUGGCGAAAUGUUGUGUACGAGCUCAAAGACAGAAGAGAAAUUGUGAAGUUUGAGAACUUAGUGAAGUUUGUUCGUAAGGAAGCUAAAAAGGCCAACGACCCUAUCUGUGGAAGAGAAGUGAUGAAUAUCUCAACAUCUUCAACCCAUGGACAGAAUGUUAAACCAGCCACAUUCUCAAAACAGAAAGGGAACUUUGCAACUAAGACCGUGGAAUCUCAUCUAUCUACAAACAAUUAUGCAUAUGAACAACAUAGACCAAAAUCAUCUGGAUUUGUGAAACCAUGUGCUUAUUGUCAAGGCACAUCACAUUCAUUGGAAGAGUGUCGGAACAUUAUGAAGCUACCCCUAAAGGACAGAUAUGAAGUGUUGAAGUCUAAGGGACUGUGUUUCUCGUGUUUGAGAUCAGGACAUCUUAAGGGAGCCUGUCAACACAAGUUAUACUGCGUUCACUGUAAGAAGUGUCACCCAUCUAUACUUCAUGUGAAUCCUCGACAAGGCAAGGAAAACCCAAUGACUACCGAUCAAAACAACAACAGCUCAUCUGCAGCCGUUUCUUCAACAGCGCAUAUGGGGGCUGGGGACUCAGUGAGGCAAGCGCUUCCGGUCAUACCAGUACGUCUGAAAUCAAGAAACAGUGAUAAAUUUAUUACAACUUAUGCUUUCUUGGAUUCUGGGAGUACAGCGACAUUUUGUACAGAGGAAAUCGCAAGAUCACUACACCUUGAAGGCAAAAAGACUGUUCUUAACUUAACAACCAUGGGACAGCAGAGGACAGAGAACUGUUGCAUUCUAUCUGGUCUUGAAGUGAGUGAUUUAAAUGGUGAUCACACAAUUGACUUACCUCCUAUAUACACUCAACCGGAUCUGCCUAUAUCUAAGAAAGACAUCGUUACAUCCGAGGACCUACAUAGAUGGCCGCAUCUGCGUGAUGUACAUAUUGACACCAUAGAUAGUGAUGUUGGUUUGUUGAUUGGUGUUAACGUACCAAAAGCAAUGGAGCCAUGGGAUGUGAUUACUAGUGUACACAAAGGUCCAUUCGCUGUUAAGACUCUGUUAGGAUGGGUAAUCAAUGGACCGCUAGAUACAAGACCCGAGAAUGGUACUUACAGUACAUACGUCACAGCCAACCGCAUCGACGCAAGAUUAGAGGAGCAAGUGAGAUACCAAUUCAAUCAUGACUUUAGUGAAAGAGCUAUCGAUGAUGUUCCAGAGCCGUCAAGGGAAGACAGGAGAUUUCUCGACUUUGUGAAAAAUUCAGUUCGCUUUGAAAAUGGACAUUAUGUCAUUGGUCUACCAUUCAAAUCAGAAAAUGUGAUAAUGCCAAACAACAGAAAACAAGCUGAACAGAGACUGAAUUCGUUGGCUAAGAAACUUUGCAGUGACAGUGAAUUCCAUGACAAUUAUAAAGUCUUCAUGGACAAAAUUAUUAGCGAAGGCUAUGCACGAAAGGUACCUAUAGAAGACUUGAAUCAAGAUGAUGGACGCGUUUGGUAUUUGCCGCAUCAUGGUGUACUACAUCCCAAGAAGAAAAAACUUCGAGUUGUGUUCGACUGUGCAGCGAGGUUCCAAGGGACUUCACUGAAUGAACAAUUAUUACAAGGCCCUAACUUGACAAACACACUCAUCGGGACUUUGAUGCGAUUUAGAGAGGAGGAAAUUGCUGUGAUGGGAGAUAUAGAUAGUAUGUUCUACCAAGUACGUGUUCCGCCACAAGACGCUACUUUUCUACGAUUUCUCUGGUGGAAAGAUGGAAAUCCUUCCAGUAGUUUACUAGAGUACCAGAUGAUCGUGCAUUUGUUUGGAGCCACAUCUUCACCUAGUUGCGCCAACUUUUGUUUACGAAAAACAGCUCAAGAUUGGUCAGGACAUUUUAGUGAUGAGACAAUAAAGACAGUUCUUCAGAAUUUCUAUGUUGAUGAUUGUCUGAAGUCAGUGAAUUCUGUAAGAAAUGCUGUGACAUUGGUGAAAGAGUUACAGGGACUCUUGGAAAGUGGGGGAUUUCAUAUAUCGAAGUGGAUCAGCAACAGUCGUGAGGUCAUGUAUUCGAUACCAAAAUCCGAUAGAGCUAAGGAGGUCAAGGACUUAGAUCUUGACCACGAUACACUACCAGUAGAGCGAGCCCUCGGCAUCCAGUGGUGUGUGAAUUCUGACAUCUUUCAGUUUAAACUGGACUUCAACAGGAAACCACUUACGAGGCGGGGAAUUCUGUCAAUGGUGAGCGGCGUAUUUGACCCACUGGGAUUCUUAGCUCCACUACUACUCAAGGCCAAGAUCAUUCUGCAGGAAUUGUGCAAACUUCAGCUUGGAUGGGACGAUAAGAUUCCAGAUGACACUGCUAUUCAGUGGAAUAAUUGGUACCAAGAUCUCGAGAAAUUGAGGGACUUCAAACUGAACAGAUGUCUGAAACCUUAUGGUUUUCAUCCACUCAUGGUACAGUUACAUCAUUUUGCUGAUGCGAGCGAAACUGGAUAUGGUACAGUGUCAUACUUGUGCAUGGAGAACGCUUCUGGUGAACGUCACUGUUCCUUUAUUAUGGGAAAAUCUCGCGUUGCUCCACUUAAGACAACAUCUAUUCCACGAUUGGAGUUGACAGCAGCUACGGUAGCCGUCAGAACCAAUAGGAUGUUACUUAGAGAAUUGAACAUUCCUGUCCAUCGUAUUACAUACUGGACCGACAGCAUGGCCGUUCUACGUUAUAUUCAGAAUAGUACGGCGAGAUUUCAUACUUUUGUUGCAAACAGAUUAGCAGUUAUCCACGAAGGGUCACAACCAACUGACUGGAGAUACAUCAACACAAGGUUGAAUCCAGCGGAUCAUGCAUCUAGAGGUAUCUCUGUAGAUGGCUUAUUGAAACAAGAGAACUGGAUCACACCCCCCAAUUUCCUGUUUGAACCUGAGGAUCAUUGGCCAACACCAGCUUCACACCUCACUGACACAGAACUGUUUGACAAUGACCCAGAGGUGAAAAAGGUUACUGUAAAGACAGUUGUCUCAAAAUCACAGGAAUUACGAGAGAAUACAGCAGAUAUUAACGAACUCUUUCAACAUCAUUCGUCUUGGUAUUUAUUGAAACGUAGUGUAGCCUGGAUUUUGAAGGUACGAAAAGAACUGUUGAGACGUGUUCGUGUGAAAAGACUCGAUUCUUGCUCAAUGGUACAGGAAGAUUCUCGCGACAAGGCUUACAUUUCCUAUGAGGACUUGAAAGAAGCAGAAAAAGCUAUACUUGGUUUCAUUCAGUGGCAAGAAUUUUCUACGGAAAUAAGUACCCUUAUGUCAAGAAACUCUAGUGUCAGUCAUGGUAGCAGAAUCCGGAGCCUUGAUCCAUUUUUGGAUGCUGGUCUUUUGCGAGUCGGUGGUCGUUUACACAAGUCAAGUUUUCCAGAGGAGAUGAAACAUCCAGUGAUUUUACCCAAAGAUCAUCAUGUGUCCACUCUAAUUCUUGAAUUCAUCAGGAUUUGUUACAUAGUGGCAGAAAUCAUAUGCUAG